AACUGUACCCCAAAGCCAUUCCUUAAAAAGUUAGAAACAUAACUCAAGUCACUUGAGAAUGUCAAGCUCAACACUAAAACGGAUCCUCCACCGGACCCUAAACCCCAAACCCGACUCGACCCAUUCCUCUUCAAUCUCUCUCUUCACCACCGUCUCUUCUCCACCGUCCGAUCCCUCAAACCCUACUUCUCCACCAGAUCCACUCGUCACCGACGCCGUCUCAAUCCUCACUCACCACCGCUCCAAAUCCCGAUGGUCCACUCUCCGGUCACUCACCCCUUCCGGCUUCACUCCUUCUCAAUUCUCCGACAUCGCUCUCCGCCUCCGCAACAACGCUCACCUCUCUCUCCGCUUCUUCCUCUUCACCCGCCGCAACUCUCUCUGCUCUCACGACGUCGAUUCCUGCUCAACUCUAAUCCACAUCCUCUCCCGAUCUCGCCUCAAAAGCCACGCUCGCGACGUGCUCCGCCUCGCUCUCCGUAUCCCCUCCUCCGAAGAUCGCGUCCCGAAAGUGUUCCGCUCGUUGAUCAAGAGUUACAAUCGAUGUGGCUCUGCGCCCUUCGUCUUCGAUUUGCUGGUGAAAUCGUGUCUCGACUCGAAAGCGAUCGAUGGUGCUGUGAUGGUGAUGAGGAAGUUGAAGUCUAGAGGAAUCAAUUUACAGAUUACUACUUGCAAUGCUUUGAUCUCAGAGGUCUCGAGGCGUAGAGAUGCUUCCACUGGGUAUAAGCUGUACAGAGAAGUGUUUGGAUUAGAUGAAGCUAACAAGGUUAAGCCAAAUGUUAACACUUUUAACUUGAUGAUGGUGAGUUUCUACAGAGAAGGUGAAACAGAGAUGGUGGAGAGGAUUUGGAGAGAAAUGGAGGAAGAGGUUGGAUGCUUUCCUAAUGUUUAUAGCUUUAGUGUUUUGAUGGAAACGUAUUGUUUUCGAGGUAUGAUGGUCGAAGCAGAGAGGGUGUGGGAAGAGAUGAGGUUAAAAGGAGUGGUUCAUGAUGUUGUGGCUUACAACACUAUGAUUGGUGGGCUUUGUAGUAACUUAGAGGUUACUAAAGCCAAGAAGCUUUUUGAGGAUAUGGGGUCCAAGGGACUAGAGUGUACUUCUUUAACUUAUGAUCAUCUCGUUAGAGGGUAUUGUAAAGUUAAGGAUGUUGAUUCGGCUAUGGUUGCUUAUAGGGAGAUGGAAAGUAAGAGUUUUGUAGCAGAGGGUUUAACUAUUGAAGCGUUAGUGGAAGGAUUGUGUGAUGGUAACAAAGAAAGAGUUGUUGAAGCCGCGGAGAUCGUGAAGGAAGCGGUGAGGGAAUCAGAGUUCUGUCCUAGUCGGAAAUGUUAUGAGUUGCUGAUAAAGAGGUUGUGUGAAGAAGGGAAGAUGGAUAGAGCGUUGAGCAUUCAGGCAGAGAUGGUUGGAAGAGGACUUAAACCUAGCCAAGAGACGUAUAAAGCUUUUAUCGACGGGUAUGGAAGAGCAGGUGAUGAAGAAACAUCUUCAUUGUUGGCUAUAGAAAUGGCUGAAUCACUCAAGCUAAGAGAUGAGGAAGAAGAAAGCUAGAAUUUUGAGCUUUCUAUGUAUGUUGCAAGUGACAAAUCUCAACUCAAUUCAUACUGAACAAACACAUCAUUGACCA